GCAUUCAUGUUAGGGGAUGCCUGGUAUUAUACGACGAAAGGUGUACGGAAGUUAAUCUGUUUGAAGUGGUCUUUGUAGGUUUGUAAGAUUUUUUAACACGUUUUGAGCAGUUAAUCAUGGUAUUAUUUAUUGCCCAUCAAGCCGCAGCUAUGAGUCAGGCUAAAAUACGACUGACAAACGUAUCUCCCAUAGAAGAAAAACAGGAAGAUUUAGAAGGAGACUCUCGUCCUGACGACAUAUUUCCAAUCCGCAUGGCGUCCGUAGUUAGAGUUUCGAAGUUACCAGUCAUUGAACAGACGUCUAAUAUCGCUGUUAAUGUGUAUAAGAAAGUUAAGAAAUCAAAUUGUGUUUUCAACUGGUCUUUGAAGAAGGCAGAAAGUACAGUGUCGAAGGCCGUGAAGUCCACAGAGCCUGUGGUGUUAAGACUUCGGACACCAAUUACGAAAGUGGAUGGACUUCUGUGUGUUGGCUUAGACUACAUAGAGGCGAAGGUCCCAGGAAUUAAAUUACCAGCACAUGAGAUGUAUGCUAACGCGAAACAAUUCGUUACGGAUUGUGCUCAGCCAUGUGUGAAUUGUGCCGGUGCUGUAAAGGGGCUUGGAGUCCGGACGUUGGUGGCACUAAGACGUUGCGUCUGUGGACGAGGUCAGUACGGAGAUUACGACGGGCAAGACGAUGAAGUUCUGAUUCUACAUUCUGUGCCUGGUGAAACUGCAGAUGUAAGCACCACUGAAGUCCCAGCGUCUACAAUUCGUACGUAGUACCACUUCGUUAGCCGUCUGGAUGUCUCGUCGUAUACUACCAUCCUGAUAAAUUGUUCUCUUGUUUAAAUUUUGAAUCUUAAUAUUAAUAGCACUCGUUGAAACCGUAUCUUAAAAUAAUUGUUGUAUCUUAAUUGUGCAUGUAAAUUUUAUUA